ACGCCAGAUUGCCAGGGUCUGGGCGAAGCAAUGCGCAGCCCUGUUGGUUAGAAAGACCCCUGGCUCUGGGGAUCUGGCCUGGUGUAGGGGGCUCUCCGAUGUCCAAACUGCGGUCCCCGCAACGUCCAGAAAAACCCAAGGUGUAUCAAGGUGUCCGGGUGAAGAUCACAGUGAAAGAGCUGCUGCAGCAAAGAAGGGCCCACCAGGCUGCCUCAGGGGCAACGGGAAGCAUGAAUCCCUCGCUCACCCCCCAGUCUAUGCUGUCCGGAGGCAGCAGUAUCCACCAUUCAGACCCCAUCGCACCAUCCCCUGCAGAACUAUAUUUUGAACCUGAACCAGUGUCUUCCACAUCCAAUUAUUUUCAACCCCGAGAAUUUUCCACAUGUAUUUCUUGUGAAGAAAAUCCAAGCUUCCUGGAUCAGAUCUUUGAUUCCUACCUUCAGACAGAGACACUUCCAGAACCUUUGCUCAACUCCACACAAAGUGUUCCCCACUUUUUCCCAGACAACUUCCAAGCAGCUCCUUUCUGCUUCAAUCAGAGCCUGACUCCAGGAUCUCCUUCAGAUUCCUCCAGUCUCUCUGGCUCCUUCGACUACAGCUGCUCACCAGCCCAGCUGCCUUCGUACAAUGCAGAGAGUUACACCUCUCCUCCUCUGGACACCCUGAGCCAUGACUGGCCAGCGCAGGACUAUUCCCACCACCACUUGCCCUCACACACCCAGCACAGGUACUUCGGCCCGGCCACACCCUCUGUCUGCUACUGUGCAUCCUGUGAGGCAGAGCACUUGAAUGUGCUCAGGGCAGCAGAGUACUUCUCCCACACAGGCACAGACUGUACAGACUUUGUCCCCUCAGAGGCCUGCACCAGCAACUUCUGUAAGAAGGAAACAAGCUGUGACAUCUGCUACAGUUAGUAGAGUCACAUCAUUUGGAACAUGGAAUAGGUAUAUCUAUUUUUCUACCACAUCUAGAUGACACUUUGCAAUAUGCAACCCACUGACAAAAUAUCCCAUGCAGUUUACAUGUCACUUUUUCAACUUGCUGACACUAACACAGGCACCCGUAUGUCCUCAAACCUGGUCCUAAAAGUCACUCUUACUUUACAUGCUCAUGGUUAAGAUGUCUGUACAGAACUUUCCAUUGUUUUACUUUUCUGUGUAAGGAACAAAUAUAUCUUUUGUAAACUAAUAAAUAAUUUUGUACAUGA